AAAAUGCUUCGUUUCUUUCGUUCUCUUCUUGACUGGCUCAGAGGUUUGUUCUGGAAACAAGAAAUGGAGAUGACAUUGGUCGGCUUGCAAUGUAGUGGAAAAACAACAUUUGUUACAGUCCUGACUUCCGGUCAUUUCCAGGAAGAUCAAAUCCCAACCGUUGGGUUUAACAUGCGUAAGGUAUCCAAGGGUAACGUGGUGAUCAAAGUGUGGGACAUUGGAGGCCAGCCUCGCUUCAGAAACAUGUGGGAGAGGUACUGCAGAGGAGUAAAUUGCAUAGUUUACAUGGUGGAUGCAGCAGACACUGAAAAGCUGGACAGCAGCAAGAGUGAACUUCAAGCCUUGCUGGAGAAGCCACAAUUGCAGGGCAUCCCCUUGCUGGUUCUGGGCAAUAAAAAGGACCUGCCAGAUUCUCUGACACAAGAGCAACUGGUAGAGAGAUUCGAACUGAACUCGAUUGCCGACCGAGAAGUGGCCUGCUACUCGAUCUCGUGCAAAGACAAAAUCAACAUCGACAUCACCCUCAACUGGCUAAUUGCUCACUCGAAGAACAAGUGAGCAUUCCUCGCCUCCUUUUUACGAACAUCAGCCGAAGAAAUUUCAAUAUUUACCCUGUCACUGUAUACUUGAAAACAGAAAAUUAAUGCGAAUUACCAAAUCCUAAAGCAGCAUUGGUGCUUACCACGAAGCGGCAUUGGUGCUUAAAAAGAAGGAAUAAAAAUCGGAUUGUAGUUUUGACUGUCGCAAAUGAAAUGUAAUUGUAUCUUUAUUGUGCUUUUUCUAGCUCUUCUUUACUCAAAUAAACAACUUUUUAUUUGAAACGAUCUUUGAAGACUGAAACUGAGCAUUAAAAUCUAAUGAACUGUACUCUUGAUAAAAGGAUUGCUUGUGUAUCAGAAUAAUUUGGUUUGUAUUGUUAAAAUAAGGUAAUUCAAAAUAGAUAUCUAAGCGAUUUAAAAAAAAUAGGGAAAAUCAAUCGAUCGGAAAAGCAUAUAUACAUUGUUCAGAUCUUGAUGAAUUAUUCUAUCCAUCUCUUAACUUCAUAUGCUAUACAAAACUUCGACUUUACAGUUUAAAUUAAUUAGUAAUUGUCUCCAAUUCUCAAUUGCAAAAACGUUCAUAUCUACCAAUAUUUUGAAGUAUUUUUCUAUAUUCUGAAGGAUUCGAAGUUCUGAAUUUAGUUUAAUGGAUAUUUACCGGUUAACUUGUUUUUAUCAAUUUCGUUGUGCUUUUACCAAAAUUGACUGCUAAGUUUUGAGUGUUAAUGAAAAAAAUAUAUUCAGUAAAGAAUAUUUGGUCAUAAAAGAUUUUCCUUAUUAGAUAUGAUUUGAACCUCGUUUUUGAAUUUACUUUCUAACUAGACCACAAAGAACGCUCUUUUGACAACAAGGAAAUGAAGCCAAAAUAUUCUCUUUCCUUCUUAAUUUCAAAAUUGAUUUGAGUUUUCAGAACCACCUGAAAACUAUGUCUAUUGGUAUUUGAAAUCGGUUAACUUCGGUGUGAGUGGUAUAAAUUCGGCAUAAAUAGGUUGAAUUUCGGUAUAAAUAAGUUCACAUUUUUUUAACUUGAAUUGCUGUCUAUUUACCUUGUUCUUUGACAUUUUUAACCGUAUCUUGGCGAUGUAAUGGUUGUCUGUCUUUAACCGGCAUUUAAAUGAUCCUUCAAGCUUAGUUAAAACUUGAUCAAAAAAGCUAUUUAAGAUAGCUGUAAGCAAAACUUCCGGAACAGUAUGACCAUUUAAGGCGACUUGAUGUGUUUUGGUGAAUCGUCAGAUGUUGCUUUAAUUUAGUCAAUAAAAUAAAUGAGUUGAGCUACUGUACCAUUCAUGCUUCUGUGUUUAUAAUUUUAACCUUCAUGAAAGGACCUUCAGAUAGUCGCAUAUAUAUUUAUAUAGACCCCACAUUGAGUUGAUAAAUUUGUUGAAAUGUCAAAAUUAUAGUUAAAAAUACUACAUUUUUAGAAAAUUA